AUGGAGCAGACAGUUACCAUUGUCAACAACUCGGGCAAAAUCAUCAGCACUGGAAAGCAGUUGUUCUCAAUAUUUCAAGAGGCAAAAGCCAUCUACAGCGAAAAAAAGGAGAGCGUCAAAGCCGAGCGUGCCCUCUCCCGUGCCAACACCUUUGACGGCACCGGAAACGUCCAACGUGCACCUUCAACCCAGUACGCUCCGUCUAUUCAGCACGCAUCGUCUGUCCGAGGCGACGACACCAGAGGUGGUCAGCAACGACAGGCUAUCCAGUAUGCCCCGUCCAUUCGAGGUGAAGAUGCCGAAUUCCGUCCUCGCACCCUAAGUCGUGCCCAGACAGCCUACUAUGUCGAAGAGGACCAGUACACUCUGCAAGACCAGCCAAGGCGCGCUUCCUACGAUGUCGCCGCCAGCGUGGCAAGCUCCCGUCGCAGUCACCGCACGCGGGCUUCCCAUCAGGACAGCCAGCACGGUAGCCACAGGCCGCGAAGCACUCGUGCACCCUCUGAAUACUCGGUUGCCUUGACAGCGGACAACCUAAAGUCGCACAGCGAGGCCGCCAGUGCCCGCCCCUCCAGACCCCCGACCACCAUGUCCAGAUAUCGCAGUCCCUACGCCGAGACGGUCCCCAUGGGUCAGUCAAAUAUGGAUCUCACCGUAGUGGAUCGCAGCGUCUACUACCCUCAAGACACGAGACAGCCUACGAUAGUCCCGGCGACGACGAUAGCAGAAUCGCAGUAUGGAGCCCUCGCACCUCAAUAUGAGGCGUAUGAGCCACAGUAUGAGGUUUACGCGCCCCAGCAUCAAGUCUACGCGCCCCAGUCCGAGGCCCCGGCGCCCCAGCACGGAGCUCUCGUGUCUAUGCCCAAGAAGAAGAAGAUUGAUAUGAAUCUUGCCUAUGGGAAUAUUCCACCCGAUCUUGCCGAAAGAACCGACCUCGACCCAGAACAAGGUGAGGCCACGGCCUUGGUCCGCAGGGUCGAAGGCUUGCUCGAUGAAGCCAACUGCGUGCAGCACUCUGCUCAAGCAAUGAUCAAGCACCUCCAAGAAAAGCCAGAGGCUGCCGCUGCGGUCGCUCUGACUUUGAGCGAGCUGUCUGCGGUUGCCGCCAAAAUGUCUCCUGCAGUUCUCGGUCUCCUCAAGGGCGGCUCGCCUGCCGUCUUUGCUCUCCUCGCCUCUCCUCAGUUUCUCAUUGCCUCUGGCCUCGCCGCUGGCAUUACUGUAGUCAUGUUUGGCGGUUGGAAAAUUGUCAAGAAAGUCCAGCAAGAACGUGCCGUCAAAGCCGCCAUUGCGUAUGAGGCAAUGGCCGCGAUUGAGGCCCCGCAGGCCCCCGAGCCCCCCCAACUCAUGGAGAGCAUGCAAAGGCCACAGAUUGUACGCGCGCACACACAUGAAGGCAGCUACUACGAGGAGGCUCUUGUGAUUGAUGAAGAGCUCAGCACCAUUGAGUCCUGGCGCCGAGGCAUUGAACAAUUCGGCGACGACGAGAGUGCCGACAUUGAGCUCAUCACCCCCGAGGCGGACCGCGCCACCCGCAUCGGCGACCGCGAACGCUACGAAGACGAGCGCGACUUUGACGACGCUCGCUCGCAUCGCAGCAGCCGCACGCACCGCAGUAGCAAAACAACUCAGACGAGCAAGACAAGCAAGACACACAAGUCUCACAAGUCUCACCACUCCCACCACUCUCACCGCUCCCACCGCUCGAGCAAGCACGGCGAUGAUGACGACCGCAAGAGCAGCAGUGGCUCUUCCCGGGCGGGUUCCUCAUCCAGCAAGCUCAAGCCGCGCUCCGAGGUCAACCUGGACGACAGCCGCAGCAGCCGCAGCCGCAGCCGCGACGACCCCGAGUUGCCCGUUCGUCCCAAGGCCCAACGUCAAGAGAGCGAUCUCUUCAAGAGCUUGUUCAGGAGAAAGAACAAGGACGCCAGUCGCAGCCAACUCGUCGUUGCGUAA